AUGCUACACAGCUCUCUGCUGCAUUACUAGUUCACGGCAGAAAAGUUAUGAGUUGCCGUGCAUUGGGAGACGGUGUGUCUGCAAUUUAAGGAUUUGACCAGAGAGAAACAACUGACUGAAGCACUGGCACCAGGGGUUGACAGGCGUUACUCACUCAUUUUGUGUCGAUGACCUGCGUGCUCUGUAAAUUCAUCUGCAUCGAGUUAAAAGGGAGAGGUUAACACUCUUUGAUAACAUUGUGCACUGAUGAGAAGUCCUGAAUCGUUAGCAGCACCAGCUCUACUAAAAGGAAUGACAAUCACCAAAUGGGCUGCAAGAAAAUCUCAGGUGUAAGUACUUUUUUUUAAAAGGCAGAACAGCAGGGAGUAACUUGUCUGAAUUGAUUCUGGGACAUUAUGCCUUUGCACUACCUUAGCCACAGUCCGUGACUAAACGCCCUGCUCCGAACUCGGUUCAAAGACAGCAGCCCUGCAGUAUGUGGUUACUUGCACUAUGCAGAGUUCCCAGUUAAAUGUUAAGACUGCUAAGAAGGGAAAGUGACUGUUUAACUCUCCAGCAGACUUCGCUGCAGUGUCUCAAGAGUGGAGCAUCAGGGUUAGACCAUGUGCAUCUCUGGAAUGGUAACUCCAAUUCUGUGGUUGCUUGUGAUAGAACUGCUCUUAUCGGAGUCCUUCACGCAAAGAGCAGGAGACAGCCUCCAUUUGUGCCCCAGGGUCUGUAUUUGUGCAUCAGACCUGUUGAGCUGUGUCAGUCGGAGCCUGUCCCUGGUGCCUCCCGGACUACCUGUCACUGCAACCAGCCUGGACCUCAGUCACAACAACUUGCACCGACUGCAGGAUAACUGGCUGGCUCAGCUACCCCGCCUACACACACUCCGAGUUGGCCACAAUCGCAUCCACCACAUUUCCACGGCAGCUUUCCACAAUGCCUCCCAGCUUGCACACUUGGACCUGUCCUCCAACAAGCUGCACGUGGUGGAGAAACAUUUCUUCCAGGAGCUGACCAACCUGCAGGAGCUGCUGCUUUACAACAACCAGAUAGUACGUGUGGAUAGUGAAGCCCUGCACAGGCUCAGCAAUAUGCAGAAGGUAUACCUCAGCUGGAACCAGUUAACCGAUUUCCCGUUCAGUGCCUUGCAGGAGGGCAGCCUGCCUCAGCUCAAGAUAAUGGAUAUCUCAUCUAACAGGCUCUCUUCCAUCCCUGUUGACAAGGUGACUGCGUUGCCUCAGACUAUUCAAAACGGCCUCUACCUGCACAACAACCCUUUCACAUGCGACUGCAGUCUGUACAGUAUGUUCCUGCACUGGGAGAACAAUGGUUUUAAUUCUGUUCACGAUUUCCGAGAGGAACACACUUGUCUGGCCCUUAGACAGCCCAAGGCCAUCCUCCGCUUCCUGAAGCACCGCAAGAUGUUUGAAAACUGUACCUUACCAUAUGGUCUGAUCAAUAUGGUGGACAGCAGCUUCAGGGGCGUGGCUGGGGAGUCGCUGAUGAUUAGCUGCAACACUAGCUUGCAGGACGCACAGACAACCUACCUGUGGAUCUCGCCAAACAGAGAACUCAUCACUUAUACCAACAGUUUUAAUAAGACAUUUAAACUCUACUCCAAUGGCAGUCUGGAGAUCCGCAAGGCCCAAAAAGAGCAUUCUGGCAUAUACACGUGCAUGGCAAACAACAAGCGGCUGAUGCGCAAUGAGUCCCGAGAAGUCAACGUGACUGUGCAUUAUGAAAAGCAUGAUGCGGAAGGCUUCAACACAGGUCUCACUACACUUCUCGGCUGUGUGGUGAGUCUGGUCCUGGUGCUCAUGUACUUGUACCUGACUCCAUGCCGCUGCUGGUGUAGGCCAGCACAAGACCCCUCCCUGCCAAACGAGUGUAGCGCCCAGUCUUCCAUUCUGAGCGCCACCCCACCUUGCAACGAUGACACCAGCCGCAAAGCCAGCAGUGGCAAACACGUGGUGUUCCUGGAGCCGGUAAAGGACAGCCAGAACGGAAAGAUUCGUCUUGCAGUUAGUGAGGAGUUCCCAGAGAUCAAAAACCCCAAAAUCCUGCAGCUGAAGACUGACUCAGACUCCACCAGUUCCAUCUUUUCAGACACUUCGAUUACACAAUAGACUCAAGAGGUGAAAGGACAUUUGGUGCUUCAGAACAGGAAGCUUUUCUAAAAAGCGCAUACAUCUUCCUGAAUAAUCUAUACUUAAAGAGUUGAUGGUCUGAUGAGAAUAACAAAGGGAGGUAGAACUCUUGUACUCUUUACAAAGAGCAGAAUGUACUAUUGUCAGUUUACAAGUAAUUCUGCCCAUGGCCACUUAAUGGAAAAGCAAUACCCUACAGUGGGAAAGCUGAUAACAGCUCUUCAUUCGUAUCACACACGCUUAGUUUGGAUCUCCACUUUCAUCUUGCUGCCUUGCAUUUGGCAUUGGAUUUUUCCCAGGCAAUCACUGGAGCAGUAAUUAUAAAAGGCAUUGAUGGGCGAGGCUGGGAGAUUGAACCAUGGGUUUUUAACCUGCCUUUAAAUGGACAAGUGGUUUGAGGGAAAUGCCUAUUCUUCAACUAUAUUGUGUCCUUAGUACAUGCAUAUAUUCUAUUUAACAAACACUCUCAGAUACAUUUCAUGUUUGCUGCAAUGAUGUAAUCCUCAAC